AGUGUGUUCGAUGCUUUAGGCAGUUAGGGGCCGUUCAUCUGGGGAACAUGUUCAGCCUGAUCAAACUGCCGCGUGUCCGUACUGUCCACCAGGUGCCUAAAGCAUUCCAGGAGGACAGUAUCAUCUCUGGUUAUCGACACCCUCGUAGUUCGGCCACAGACUGUGUCCUUAGUCUCUUCCAGCUCACCAACGAAACACUCAAUGUCUGGACACAUUUUCUACCAACCUGGUAUUUUCUAUGGAAGUUGAUGACUGUGUUGUUGAUGGAGGAUGUGUGGUAUGAUGAGUAUACAUGGCCUCUUCUGGCCUUUCUGUUUUCCUGCUGUAUGUACCCACUGGCCUCCAGCUGUGCCCAUACCUUCAACACCAUGUCUACCCAUGCUCGCCAUAUCUGCUACUUCUUUGACUACGGAGCGCUCAGUCUGUACAGCCUUGGUUCAGCUAUCAGCUUCUCUGCAUAUGUUAUACCUGAUGCAUGGGUCAACAGCAUUUUUCACGCAUACUACAUUCCAGUAGCUGUUUUUAACUCCAUUCUCUCAACCAGCCUAGCCUGCUACUCAAGGCUUGGCUUACCAUUCCUUCACUAUAACCAUGACAUCGAUGAAAGAUUCUCCCAGAGACAGAGCCCAAGGCUGAGUAAGGUUUUGCGAAUUCUUGCCUUCGCCUUCCCCUACCUGUUUGACAACAUUCCUCUCUUCUACAGGUUAUUUCUGUGUGAAGGUGAGGGUUGCACUGAUAAUGAGGCAAAUUCCAUUCAUGUUCACCACACAUUGCUCGCAUUUCUUACCGGAUUCUUGUUUGCAACACACCUACCUGAGAGACUGGCACCUGGACGCUUCGACUAUAUAGGUCACAGCCAUCAGCUGUUCCACGUAUGUGGGAUCAUUGGGACACACUUUCAGAUGAAGGCCAUAGAAACUGACAUGAUGCUGAGACGAUCACAGCUGCUGGUCAGUGGUCCAGCCAUCACCUUUAACAACACAGUGGGGGCUGCUCUGGUCUGUGUCUGCAUCAGUUUAGGAAUCAUAUGCAUUUAUAGUCUACCUCUGCUCUAUGGCUUCCCACCCAGAAACACAGCCAUCAAAGAUGCUUGCAAUGAUGGACAGAAAUGCAAGGACUAAGAGCUCCUUGAGACACAGGUUGUCUGAGAAAGAUUGAUUGCAGUCUUGCACAAAUAUUUAAAUGACCAAAGUUAUUAUGGAAAUGUAUCUAGGACAUUCUUACUAGAUAUGACGUUGUAAAAAUCCCCAAGAGGGGUUUAUAAGUUUACUGAAGCUAUGCACACUGAGAUUGCAAAGAGUAAUGAGUGAGUAAAUGUGUUACUACUUCUCAGGGGAGUGCAAGGUAAGGCACUGUUAAUCUCGGGACAUUAUAUGUUAGUGGGAGGGUUUGUUAAACAUGACUCCAUUUCAUUUAUGAUGUAAAGACAAACACUACACAAGCUCACAGCACGGACCUCAGCAAAUCACUAACAACAUUAAAUUGUGCGCUAUAUUAGUUGUGUGCACAGAAUCCCAAAGUCUACAGUGGCAAUCAGGAUUUUUACUACAUAUUUCCUCUCUGUAAAACUGUAAAACAGCAUAAGAUUUAAUUAAAGAAAAAGAGGUUUCUGUGGGAGGAAUUUUUUUUUUUUUUCAUAACAUCUGUUCAUACCUAUUGGUCAUGUAACCAAAACUUAAUCUAUUUAUUGUUUCCAGGACUCUUUAUAAUAAAAGUAUUUUUAAUUUUUUAUUUUUUUUUUAUUUUAUUGAAAUGUAAAUCUAAUCUAUUAAUGAAAUGAAAAGAGAAAUUCUGAUUGAUAGUGUCUUAGUGUAUAUUAUACUGCCCUUUACAGCCUGGUGGGAGCAAGGCAUUUUUUUUUAAAAGUCACAAAAUCUACAGAAAACUCUACAAGCAGCAUUGAAAAGCUGAAUAGAGGGAUGCAUGAGACCAUGGAGUGAUUGUGAUUUUGUAUUAAAACUGGAUUAUAAUAAUUUUAUAUAAAACAAUAUGUGCUG